CUGUCCAAUCAUCAUGAAUACCGUAUUUCAGUGGAAGGUGCGCGCGGGCUGUAUCUGAAGAACCAUGUUACCCUGGAUGCGUAUGCGACAGUGGUUCUUCACGGGAAGGGUUCUUUGCGCAGUCGUGCCAUCACGGAGCAGGUGAACACAGAAGGAGAUUGCCGAUGGGAUGAACAUUGCGAAUUCAAAGUCUCGGACAAAUCUACACAUAUCACAGUAACCGUUCAGAACAAGACAAAGUUUGGCGGAGCAGAUGUGAUCGGCAAAUGUGAGAUCCCCAUCGAUCAAGCGAAGAAAGUUGGUGGGCACAUGUGGUUUCCAUUGAAGAAAAAACGAGAUGAUAGCAAGUAUAGGGGCGAAGUCAACUUGCAGUUCACAUUUUCCUAUGAGAAGCCAACGCUGUCCAUUUCUAACACAUCCUUGAAUAAAAUUGAAAAAGCAGAUUUUGUCCAACCUUUGAUGAAGCUUCCAAAGUUGCAGCAUCUUCCGCUGAAAGAUGAGUAG